AGAGAGACGACCUUAAUAAAAAAUUACAGUAUGAUCCAUCCAUCCUGUAGCUGUAGCUGUAGGAGUCAGAGUCAGAGUCAGAGCAGAGCAUGGCAGUCCCAAGAUCAAGAUCCCCUUUUGCCACCAACAACCCCCCAUCCAUGGCCGCCGCCGCCGCCGCCGAGGCAGGGAUGCAGAGGGUGCGACGGAACAAGGACUUGAGGCACAUGGAGCGCGUGGACGGGCGUAUGGUGAACAUCCUCCAGGGCCUGGAGCUGCACACGGGCGUCUUCUCCCCCGCCGAGCAGCAGCGCAUCGUGGACUUGGUGCAUGACCUGCAGGACAAAGGCCGCCGCGGCCUCUUGAGAGGUGAGCGCACCUACUCGGAGCCCCGCAAGUGGAUGCGCGGCAAGGGCCGGGCCACCAUCCAGUUCGGCUGCUGCUACAACUACGCCACGGACCGCGACGGCAACCCGCCGGGGAUCAUCCGCCGCGAGGAGGCGGACCCGCUGCCGCCCCCGCUCAAGUCCAUGGUCCGCCGCCUCGUGUCGUGGCGCGUCCUCCCGCCGGACUGCGUGCCCGACAGCUGCAUCGUCAACGUCUACGACGUGGGCGACUGCAUCCCGCCGCACGUGGACCACCACGACUUCGCCCGCCCCUUCUGCACCGUCUCCUUCCUCGCCGAGUGCGCCAUCCUCUUCGGCAGGGAACUCAGGGUGGUCGGACCCGGCGAGUUCGCCGGCCCCGUCUCCAUCUCGCUGCCCCCGGGCUCCGUCCUCGUGCUCGCCGGCAACGGCGCCGACGUCGCCAAGCACUGCGUCCCCGCCGUCCACGCCAAGAGGAUCUCCAUCACGUUCCGCAAGAUGGACGCCGCCAAGCUACCGUUCGGCUUCAGGCCCGACCCGGACCUGCAGAACCUCCAGCCCCUGCCUCUUCCUGCUCCUGUCGUCCCUGUCCGCCCGGCGGUGGUGACCAGCAACCAUGACAUUGACAGCCCGUCGUCGAGCAGGCCCCAGUCGGCUAGUUCCAUUGUGAGACAGGGGAUUGUUACAAGAGCACAAGCAGGGCCCGCUCCUGCUCCGAUGACACAAAACGGCGGGCCCUUCAGCCUGUCCUCCGAUGACUUUCCGGCUCUCGGUGCUUCCUCGCCGGCAAAGGCACCGGCUGCGGCUGGCAGGGGAAGCAGAGGAAGGCGAUAGAGAAUUUAGAGAUUAGUAGUGCUUAUAUUCUUGUUAGACAAUUUGGUCAAAUUCAUGCAUUCUUUGUACAAGUACCUACCUCAAAGAAGACGGAACGGUGUUGUUAGGUUU